GCUGUAUAUAAUGGGUAAUAACCUAAAUACAAAAAACCCUUUUCAUCGCAUAUGUUUUUAGUUUGAGAGUAGGUUUUAGUCAUUUUUGGCAGGGAAAAAAAUGAAUUUAGCAAUAAUUGCGUUCGUCGUUCUGUCGGGAACUUUCGGUUUAGAGUCUAUGAACGAAACAGAAGAAAUAGUAACAUCGGAGCCACCUGUGACGGCGACGGCGACGACGACCGAGUCCGAGUCCUCCAACACGACUACCAGCAAGACGCCUGAGUAUGACGAGGAGGAAGAAAUCGAGAUCCGAAAGAGGGCAAUUGACGAUGUCUGCCUACAGUGCAUAUGCGAGGGUGCUUCCGGCUGCAACAGGAAGGCUGACAACUGCUUCGAGAACCUCUGCGGAAGAUUCAGGAUGACUCGCUUGUUCUGGAGGGACGCCGGGAUGCCGACCCUGGACACCGACACGCCGCGAAAGAGAGGCGCUUUUGUCAACUGUGCCCUGGAUGUCAACUGCUCUCGUAGAACUGUUAUAUCAUAUGUGAACAAAUACGCCCGGGAUUGCAAUAAGGAUGGUCUUAUCUCUUGCCUCGACUAUGCUGCCAUCCACCAGCUGGGACCUGUGGGCUGCCUCCAGGAAAAGCCGAUUGACCCGUUCUUCUUCCAUGAUUUCAUCGGGUGCCUCAACAGGCACUUUUACAAAAGCACAGCUCACAAAAUUCUGAUUGGGUGGAAAUUAUUUUUCAGCGUGUUUUGGUCUUCGGUAUCACUGAUAACAUGACAAAUAUAUAUGUAGCUUUCUUA